AUGUCAGCCGAAGAACAAAAGACUGAAACUCCAGCCCCAGCUGCUGUUCCUACAUCCAACGUAUUUUCUAUGUUUGGUGCCAAGAAGGAAAAGAAGCCAGAAGCUGAAGAAGAAGACACCAAGAAAGAAGUGAGCAAAGACGAGAAGAAGGACGAUGACGAAGAAAAAGCCGACGAAGAAGAAGCCGAAGUACACUUCGAACCACUUGUUCAAUUAGAAAAGGUUGAAGUCAAGACCAACGAAGAAGAUGAGGAAGUUCUCUACAAGGUGAGAGCCAAAUUAUUCAAGUUCCAUGGUGACACCAAGGAAUGGAAGGAGAGAGGUACAGGUGACGUUAAAUUUUUAAAGCAUAAAGACUCCAACAAGGUCCGUAUUUUAAUGAGAAGAGACAAGACUUUAAAGGUCUGUGCCAACCAUCUUAUUUCUCAAGAUUAUGAAUUGAAGCCAAAUAUCGGUUCCGACAGAUCUUGGGUGUACACCGUCACUGCUGAUGUUUCCGAGGGUGAACCAGAAGCUGCCACUUUAGCCAUUAGAUUUGGUAACAAGGAAAACGCUGACAAGUUUAAGGAACACUUCGAUGCUGCCAAAAAGUAA